CAUCACUUUUCAAACAGAUGACAAAUCAUUAAUAUUUACAUGCAUAUGAAGAAAACUGUCGGAAAACGAAAACAUGUUUCUGCGGAAGAUUAAGUGAGUUUGUUAUCAGAAUCAAUGAAACACUUUUAUAAUUGACUACCGAGUAAAAUAGCCUGAAUUUUUAUUUGUUUGGAUUUACUGUUGAGAUGUAAUUUAUCAAUACUGUGUCAGAGUCACUGUCUAACUUUAUUGUAGCCUGAAGCAAUUCUCUCAGUCUCUGGAGUCUGUAAUUACUGGUGGAGUUUCCAAGUGAGAAAAACCUGGAAGUAAAUCACUAGUCAUUAAGGACAGGAAUUUCAAGUUGUGCCACUUGAUCUUAUUAUGCUCUGGCACAAAACUUUAAAUAAACCACCCGCGACUGCGAUUUGCUAAACAAAUUCAAAAUCACCUUUGCUGGAUACAGAGUCAUCAUGGGGUUUGGAAUACAUACACUUGUGCUUUUCUUCAUAAUUGACAUGUGCAGGGCUGAAGGGCAGCAUUCGAUCAUAUUGCACCGGCAAAAGAGAAGAUGGAUUUCUGCUGUUUUUAAACUUAUAGAAGAAGACCCAGGACCUUAUCCAAAGAAGGCUAUAAAACUUUCCAAUGACAAGUCACAAAACCAUUCAUUGCUGUUUUCCAUUUCGGGAGAGGGGGUUGAGCGCGAUCCUGAGAAAAACCUCUUCUCAAUCGACAAGUAUACUGGCGAAAUAUUUGUUCAUCAUAAAGUUGAUCGCGAGAAGACAAAAUCAUUGAUGUUUCAAGUUGAUGCUAUGGACAGGGAUACUUUGAACGUAGUAGAUGACCAUAUGUUAUAUAAAAUUCAAGUGAUUGAUAUCAAUGACAAUCGUCCUGAAUUCAAACAAGCAGUAUAUGAUGUCGACGUAUUGGAAGCUACAUAUCCAGGGGCAGAAGUCUUCAGAAUUGAAGCAGAAGAUGCUGAUGACAAAAGCAAUGGCAAUGGAUUUGUUUCAUACUCAAUUGUUUCUCAAGAUCCUAAAAUACCUUCGAAUGUGUUUAAAAUUGAUGCAAAGAAUGGAUCCAUUCUUCUUCAAAAAUGCUUAAAUUAUGAGGCCAUCAAAUCUUAUUCGUUAAUCAUUAAAGCAAGAGACAAUGGACAAAAUGUGACCUCAUCUUCUGCGGAAGUGAGGAUCAACGUGAUAGAUUCCAAUACCUAUCCUCCUAUUUUAACUCAGAAAAGUGUUUCAGGAAGUAUCAAUGAGUCCGACAAAAACAUAGUUAUAUUACGAGUAGGUGUUACUGACCAAGACACUCCCAAUACACCAGCCUGGAGGGCAAAGUACAAAAUAAUAGAAGGGAAUGAAAAUGAAAAUUACAGGAUGGAAACAGAUCCAGAAACAAAUGAUGGACUACUGAUUGUGAUAAAGUCUGUGGAUUAUGAGCUUGGUCCUCAAAGGAAUCUUAGGAUAACUGUGGAGAACGAAGAACCACUUUUUACAUGUCCUGAUACAGAAGACAACAUUAAUAGAAAACCACAAGAGUUAUCUGCAGUUAUUACUGUGAAGGACUUGAAUGACCCUCCAGUGUUUGAUCCUCCAGUGAUAACCAUUAAUGAGGUUGAAGGUCAAAAACCUGGAAAAGUUCUGGGAAGAUUCAAUGCUUAUGAUACUGAUACAUUUUAUAAACAUUCCAUCAAGUAUUAUCGAGGUCAUGAGCCAGCUGAAUGGGUGACUGUAGAUUCAGAAACUGGUGUUGUCACAACAGUGAAAGAAUUGGAUCGAGAAUCACCUUAUGUGAAUAAUAGUGUUUACACAUUUACAGUGUAUGCAGUUGAAGAUGAUGACAUUCCCAUAACAGGAACUGGCACAUUGUCUCUUAUUCUGGCUGACAUUAAUGAUAAUCUGCCAUAUCUUAAGACUAAAUAUGCAAGCAUAUGUGACGAGGGAGAAGUCCAAUUUAUAACCGUUUCAGCAAGUGAUGAGGACCUAGAGCCCUUCGGUGGUCCCUUUACGUUUGAAUUGUUGGACAAUGAACAACAUAUAAAGAAAAACUGGAAAUUAGGCAAAGCAACAGACAACACUGUUCAGCUCCAGAGAAUAAGGAAAGUUCCCAUUGGAAAUUACACCAUACCUUUCAAAAUCCGAGAUAGGCAGGGAAUUACCCAGGAAAGUUCAUUGAAUUUACAUGUUUGCCAUUGCAUUGAUGAGAGAACAUGUCCUGUUCCAUUGCCUGCAACAUCCUCCUUGGGCGGAGCUGCAAUCGGACUUCUCCUUGCUGGUCUAUUACUCUUAAUUUUGGGCUUAUGUUUACUCCUGUUUUGUACAUUUAAAAAGAAGUUCUUAAAACCUUAUAAUGAACCUACAUGGACCUUGAUUAAAUACAAUGAUGAAGGAGUUCUUGUAGACAGUCAGAAGCCAGCAAGUAUUUAUAUAUCAGAAGUAGCUUCCAAAGAAGUUGGCCUGGGUGCUGAAAGAAAUUCAAUCAACUCUGGCAUUCAAGGACAUCUUGAAGGGAUGACAUCCUUUGUCGAUGGGACGAUGAGACAAAUCAAAGCCAAUAAUUCAAGAGUAUGGUCUACUAGAGACAAUUCGCAAAGGUAUGAAGAUGGCAGAUUGAGAAUGAAUAACAUGUCACAAAGAUAUAACUCGUAUGGUUGGGCUAACAGGCACAAUAUGGAACGUUCAUCACGUGCAGCCUCUCUAUUCAUCUCAAGGAAUUCUUCACGCUUUUAUGGUGCACAAGAUUGGGGCACCAGGGAAUAUUCAGAACCAGACACAGGAGAUGCAGAGGUUAUGUACAAGCCUGUUGUAUACAGCUAUGAAGGAGAAGAAGCAAGUAUGCUAACUCUUGAUUCCAUCAGCAGGUUUGAAGAUAACAUCAGCUUAAGCUACUUGAAUGAUUUGGGACCAAAGUUUAAAGCAUUGGCAAAAAUAUGUCAGGAGAAGAAUCCACAUUUAAGUCAACAGCAGUAGAUCAAAGCUGUGCCAUAAAUGCCUUUUUCAAGAUAAUACCCAGUUAAAUUGCAUAACUUCUGUUUGUGACAUUUGGAUUGUGAACAAAAUGAUUUUAUCAAAAAUUCUGUGUUCAAAACAAAAAAGAUAGCACAUUGAACUAAAAUGACUCAAUUUCACAAUGGCUUCUAAGGAAACCUUAUACAAUACUGUGGAACAUUCAGACAAUACUCGGUUUAAAUUUCUGCUGUAGUUUUCUUGAUUACCUAGUGGAACAUUACUGGUUGAUCUAGGGAACGCAAGUGGGAUAAAAAAGCAAAAGCAAAUUCAGAAAAGUAAUCAAAACAAUAUUUAGUCAAGGGUUUGGGGAAUUUCUGCAAACGACCAAACAAAUGAGGAGAAUCACAUUGGAAGUUAAAUUCCAUAAAUCAUAUUUUUAAAUAAAAAGUGGAGACUGGUUUUGAGUAUGUUUCACACGAUUUUUAAAGCUCUUGACUCAUUGCCAAUUAAGGACUGAAAUUGUCUUCAGGUUGCUAUUUUAUUUUCUUUGCAAUAUUACUUAACUGUUUGAAAAUUAUAUAAAUACUACAAGAGGAGUUAGCAUUAUUUUUUUAAAUAUAAAAGGAACAAACAACAAAUAUUAAGUGUUUUUUUUCAGGCAAAUUUCAGCAUUGAAACAGAGGGUUAAAUUAUCCUUUGGCACUCCAUUAGCAAAACAACUUAAGCUUGUCCAACAUCAUUCCUGGCCUAACCACAAAUCAUAUCCCUCAGACUUGCCCAGGGCAGUUGCCAGUUACCACUUGCCUCUUCAUUGGAUAAACAAAAACACCCUUGUAAACCACUUCAUUUCCUUGCCCUUUUCCCUACAGUUAACCAAGCAAAUGACACUGUUACUUUCACAACCCAGCUUGGUGAGGGGAUCCUUCUGACAAUCCAAUUUUGCUUGAUGAACUUAAAGUUUUGGGGUCAGUAUGAUGGGUGAAAGUCCUAGCCCAAUGCGAUACCACCAGCAGAAAAGAAAUCCAGUUCAGAAUUUUGAGUCAGAAUGUAAAAUGAUAGAUUCACUAUUUGGAAUUCCAUGUUCUUCUGUAUUAGCUAUUUUUAUUAACAAAUGUUAUACUGGUGCCUUGGAACAGUGGGCUGACAGUAAUUGUUGUGUAAAUAGGUGUAUGUUUUUUUUAAUGACAGGGUUUGAAAAAUGUACAAGUUAAAUUAUGCAUAAUCUGUUUCAGAGAACGAUUCUUUUGGAGUUUGGCUUGUUUUGAGAACUGGCAAAGCUGGUUUUGAUCUUUUAAGUAUGCAACGUUGAAUAUUUUAUAUUAAUAUUUGUUACAAAUUGGUUUAUAUUGAAUAUUGUGGGAUAUGAUAUACUGCAUGUUUAAAUAUCCUUUUGUUUUCUGGCUAUUCACCAAGUACAGAGCAGCGGCAAUACACCAUUCUUUUUAUCUUAAAAGCCUAUAUCAGCAGUUCAUCUGCAACAGAUACAACUGUUCGCACUAAUACUGGGAGGAAUGACCACUGCAAAUUCUUUGCAGGAACAAAGUCCCAUCUUCACCACUUGCACCCUCUAUUCUGAUGUAUAACUCCAGUGUGGUAUUUUUGAAGACUGUUUAUUUAAAACGUGAGUGCAUCUUGUGAUUUGAUUCAUGAUUUAUUGGUGGGCCAACCACUGCUGAUUGUUGGAAACUGAUUGUCUUCAA